GUCGUGAUGAAAUUCGGAGGGUCGUUGACACGGUCGGCCGAUCGGAUGAAGGAGAUGGCCAAGCUUGUCCUCAGCUUGGAAAAUCCGGUGGUUGUUCUGUCCGCCAUCAGGAACACCACCGACAACCUUCUCGAGGCUGCAUGGAAGGCGCUGAGCUGCGGCUCCCAAGAGGUGAGCGAAAUCCACGAGCUCGCCACGGUAAAGGAGCUGCAACUCAGGAUGAUCGGUGAUCUUGGACUGCAUAAGCCCAUGUUUUCAGGUUCAUUGGAUGAGCUAGAAAACAUUCUUAUGGGCAUUGCUAUUAUGAAAGAGCUGACCCCUAAGACACGAGAUUACCUUGUUUCCUUUGGUGAACACAUGUCUACAAGAAUAUUUUCUGCAUAUUUAAAUAACUUUGGGGAAGGGUCACGGCAGAUUCUAGACCCUUUUCGUGAUCUACCUUUUCCUAUUAUGUCAAGAUUUUUGUGUGCAGAUGUGAAAGAUAGUCAAUUAGGUGAUUUCCAAAAUGAAUGGGAAUUGUAUGCCGUCAAUACUCGUCGAAAGGGUGGUAGUGAUUUGACUGCCACUACUAUCGGCAGAGACUUGGGAUCAAGAGAAAUCCAGGUAUGGAUGGAUGUAGACGGUGUUUUGACGUGUGAUCCUAAUGUUUGUGCAAAUGCAAUACCACUGCCCCACUUGACUUUUGGUGAGGCUGCUGAACUUGGGUUGUUUGGUGCAAAGGUAUUAUCCCCGCAGUCAAUGCAACAAGCAAUGGAAGGUGGCAUACCGGUUAUAGUUAAGAACUUGUGCAACCCUCAAGCACGUGGCACCAAGAUAGCUAAAACAAGAUAUAUGAGCAAGAAUGUAUUAACCAGCAUUGUGUCGAGAUCACAAAUUACCAUGCUGAACAUAGAGAGCAGAAGGAUCCUAGACCAGUCUGCUUUCUUAGCAAAGUCAUUCUCAACACUUGGAAAUUUUGGCAUAUCAUUCGAUUGUGUGGCUAUUAGUGACGGCAAGAUCUCCUUGAUAGUAAUACCAUCAAAGAUGUCGAGUCAUGAAUUAUUGUUAUAUUCCAACAACCUUGAUAAUGUAGCUGAAGAGCUUCAAAAGCUUGCAGUUGUUACUUGCCUACAAGACAGAUCAGUCAUCUCCCUGAUAGGAAACAACACACAGAUGUCGUCAACCAUUUUUUUAAAGGCAGUCAAUGUUCUACGGGGCAUUAAUGUUGAUGUCCAGAAGUUCUCGCAGGGGUCGUCCGAGGUGAUGAAGGUGUCCUUAGUGGUCGCCGACAGCGAGACAAAACAUUGUGUGCAAGUCCUUCAUUCAGCAUUUUUUGGGAAUGUCUUUGUGCGAGAAGUCCAGGAAGUGGAUCUGGAGCUUAAUGGCUCCCAGGUGCAAGAGCCAGAGAACUCACCGCCGGUAGGAGCCAGCUCCAGCGACAAGAGAAAGACGGGUGACGAACAUUUGGUGGCUCCACCAAACGUGCGUCAGAAACUGACGAGCACUGAGCCCGAUGAUCAUAUGGGGGUAACUGAACACCAGUGGUCCCUGGACGGCGAUCCGAUGGCCGUCGGAGGCGACAACAUCAACAAUCCUGAGGUUUUGCCCUCCAGAGGAGGGGAGCAAUCCAUUCCUCAACCCGCAACAGGCGAUGUGCCUGACGAGGGGGCCGGAGAGGGUUUCUGGACGGAAACCAUGAUGUCUCAAGUGGAGCCGUUCAUGGAUAAGCUCUUCCCAACGUCGGAGUGGGACCCCACCAAUAGUGGUCAAUACGCAUUGUUGUCAAAUGUACCUCCGCCCCGUCGUGAUGAGUCCAUGGAAGAUUUGACGUCCUUCGACGAUUUCGACCCAUUGUGGAUGAUAUAA